AUGUCUAGAGGAGGCUUUCAGGUCCACACCGCAACUCCAAUCCGCAAUCGGGAAAAAAUCGGAGCCACAUCCGCAGCCUGGGCACGCGACCACACCCACGCCAGCACAAGUCAAAUGUUCGUGCCAACACCAUAUGACUGCACCACGCCCCCAUGGCUGUCGCAAACCAGCCCUUUUCCGAAUUUCCCCGUGCAGCAAACAUCGACCAACACUUUGCUGGCCUCGCAUUUCGCGCCAGACCCACGUCUCCCACGACCAGCGCCUCGUGAACAGGGCCUGCAAGAUGACUUGUUCUAUGCAUUCACACGAGACGCCUACUUAUCAAGUGAGACAACCGCCGCGAAAGAGGUAGCACGAAAUUUGCAACCAUAUUAUCCUCCAACAGAGAAGACAAAUCGUACAUUACCUUUACCAAGGUACACCAACCAAGGACAUAACCACAACAACUUGCAAUUCUUCACACCCUUCACACCCUUCACACCACUCACACCUGCGAUACCAAACGCCUUCAACAUGGAGGUCACAAGCAGACCACUCCCAUCACUACUGCUUCAGUCCGCCCCCAUGGCUAUGGCAUCGAAACCAGCAAAUGCUGCUCCGUGGUCAUUUCCGAACCUCAAGAAGAGACGCCGUCGUCGAGCAAGCCAAAUCUUCAACAUGAACUUCAGCUUUGGCUUCGGGUCUCGACGAAAGAGUCAAGACCACUCGCCUGACAUCAGUCCGCGAACAUCCAUAUCAUCGGCAUCAGGCUCCCCGAGAUCAGAGGUAGAGCAAAGCUCCAAGAGACAGAGAAUCGAUUCAAGAGUAUCAGAUGCAGAGGCGGUAUUCUCACCCAACAAGAGCAUCAAGAUUUCGGGACCUGAAAACACGCCAAUAGUCUUGUCGCGAUGCGACAGCACGGGUGAAGUGCACCCAGGCCAACUCGUUGACUUCACCAGCAAACCCGUUCCCAUCGUGCCGGAGCCGAUUGUGAUUCCUGCUCCUGUACGCAGAAGCCCGGCAAGUGAGUUCGAGCUUCGCUUAAGCAGCGACACAUAUCACGAUCACCUGGCCACCUCUCAACGACGGAAAUCCUUCCCUGCUGGUGAAUGGACACCAAAAUGGGUCCGUGAUGAGGUUCAGAUGCUGCAUAAGCUAGAGAAGCUCGAGAAGCUCGACACCAAAGUCGAGGAUCCUUUCAAGAGAUUCAGAGAAUCUGCAAGGAAGAGGAUAUGCACAGUGGAACGGAAGACCAAGGCUUCGGCAACCACUUCUUCCACCACCACGGCGCCAACACCAAGCAUGGCUAAUGCAUCAAGUGUGCCAUGCGAACUCCGCCGCACACCAAGUGAUCCAAGCACUGAGGCUUUCCUUACACACGUCCGUGCAAGUCUCGAAGCGAGGAAGAGGGAGAACAAGACGGGAGAACGCUGGCGUUCAUAUCCCGUGUUUGCCGACGAAGUCGAGAAGGGUUUUCUCGAUGACGCACCGUUAUGA